GUGGUAUCAUGAUAAUCUUACCCGACAUGCAGCAGAAGCGCUGCUGCUUUCCAAUGGGCAGGAUGGAAGCUAUCUCUUGAGGAAGAGUAAUGAAAGGGAAGAUUUGUACUCCCUCUCUGUAAGGGGAAAAGAUUCUGUGAAACACUUCCAUGUUGAACAUACAGGAACUUCGUUCAAAUUUGGAUUCAAUGAAUUUUCUAGCUUGAAGGAAUUAGUUAUGCAUUUUGCAAAUCAGCCUUUAAUUGGAAGCGAAACAGGAACCUUAAUUAUAUUGAAACAUCCCUACCCACGAAAAGUGGAAGAGCCUUCCAUUUAUGAGUCUGUCCGAGUUCACACGGCAAUGCAGACAGGACGGACAGAAAGCGAUCUUGUUCCAAAUGCUCCCUCGCUGGGUACGAAAGAAGGAUAUUUGAUAAAACAAGGCAAAAUAGUCAAGAACUGGAAGACAAGGUGGUUUACACUGCAUAGGAAUGAACUUAAGUAUUUCAAAGACCAGACAGCCACAGAACCGAUUCGGGCGCUUGACUUAACUGAAUGCUCAGCUGUGCAGUUUGACUAUUCCCAGGAGAGAGUCAAUUGUUUUUGCUUAGUGUUCCCGCUAAGGACAUACUACCUGUGUGCGAAAACCGGCAUCGAGGCUGACGAGUGGAUUAAAAUACUGCGAUGGAAACUGUCACAAAUACGGAGGCAACUGGAGCAGCGUAACGCUACCCUCAGUUCCUAA